AUGAGCAAACACAACGCAGUUGGAAUCGAUCUCGGAACCACCUACUCCUGCGUUGGAGUCUUCCAGCACGGAAAGGUCGAGAUCAUUGCCAACGACCAAGGAAACAGAACAACUCCGUCGUGCGUCGCGUUCACCGACUCCGCACUUCUUAUUGGAGAUGCCGCCGAGAAUCAAGCCUAUAGAAAUCCAGAAAACACAAUCUUCGGUUAG